AUGGAGUCAGGUUCAGCAGUUCACGUUCAUCCUGUGGUGUUAGCAUCAAUUGUCGAUGCAUAUGAAAGACGCGCGGAAGGAUCAGAGAGAGUUAUAGGCACUCUCCUUGGGACGUGGGGAAAAGGGAUAAUCGAAGUUACUCAUUGCUACAGUGUUCUGCACCAAGAAUCUGCGGUCGAUGUGUCCAUGGACAUAGAGUUCAAAAACAAUAUGACAGUUCUUGAGCGCAAAGUGAAUCCUUCUCAUAAUAUAGUUGGGUGGUAUGCAACGGGGAAUGAAAUUCCAGAGACCCUCAAACUUAUCCAUCAAGAUGUUUACAUGCAGAAGUCGAAAAAUGCAAUCUUUUUAAUGGUUGACACAAAUAUGACUAUCGGGGACAAAAUGGCCAUAAAAGCUUACCUAUGUAGAAAGAUGGGUAUUCCUGGGGGAACACAGGGCUUUAUCUUUGUACCGGUCGAGGUAGAAGUCGAGUGUUACGGUGCAGAACGUUGUGCCGUUGAAAUGAUGGUUUCUUCUAUUGAUCCAAGGAGUAAAUUAGAACCUGAACUUGGAGAUGACAUGGUCUAUCUGUAUCAACUUUCACAACAUCUGCUAACUAUGUUGGAUCAGGUCAUUCGUUAUGUUGAAAAUGUUAUCGAUAACAAAUGUCCAGCUGACCCAAAAAUUGGGAGGUCCAUAGCACAGUUAAUUUUCUCAAUCCCCAAAUUAGACCCUGAUCAUUUGGAGCAACUGAUCAACUCGAGCUAUAAAGAUUUGCUGAUGAUCACUUAUCUCACUAAUCUUAUCCGGACGCAUCUAAAGAUUUUAAAUCUGGCCCAGUGA